AGAAGUUUGAGAUUUGUCCGACUUUCAAAAUAACAAACAACGUCCCACAUUUUCUUCAAGCUCAACCAGUGCGAAGGGAGGGCGGCAAUACUUUUGUGUUGGGAACGGAGAGCAAGCAUGGCGUCAGAGGUAAGUCACAGAAUAAUCAGGACCAACGGCAUCAACAUGCACAUAGCAGAGCAAGGAUCAGGUCCCGUGGUAUUGCUGAUACACGGGUUUCCGGAAUUGUGGUAUUCAUGGAGGCAUCAGAUAAGAGAAUUAGCAAUGGCAGGGUACCACGCGGUGGCCCCUGACAUGAGGGGUUACGGAGACACCGAUGUUCCUCUCGGUGUGCAUAAUUACUCUCAUUUGCGUCUCGUGGGGGACUUAAUCGGUCUGCUUGAUGCCCUUGGUCAUCAUAAGGUCUUUGUGGUUGGCCAUGAUUGGGGCUCUAUUGUUGCUUCACACCUUUGCCUUUUUCGACCAGACAGAGUGAUAGCACUUGUAAAUUUGAGUGUUCCGUAUCGACCGCGUGACCCUACAAAAAGUCCAGUUGAGAAAAUGAGGUCUCUUCUUGGGGAAGGCUACUAUAUAUGCAGAUUCCAGGAACCAGGAAAAGCAGAAGAGGAAUUUGCAAGAUACAAUUAUACAGAAAUUAUGAAAAAGUUUCUAUUGGGAACUUUGCCAGGAGGUUUGUUUUCUGUAUCUACAGAUCAAGGAAUAUUAGAUACUCUUGAGACUCCAGCAACCCUUCCUUCUUGGAUGACUGAGGAAGAUAUCCAAUAUUUUGCCAAAAUGUUCGCCAAAACAGGCUUUACUGGUGGUUUGAACUACUAUCGAGUGCUUGAUUUAGAUUGGGAGCUUCUAGCCCCCUGGACUGGGGCAGAAAUCACAGUUCCAACCAAAUAUAUAGUUGGAGAUAAAGACUUGGUAUACAACACCCUUGGUACCAAAAACUAUGUCCAUGAGGGAGGCUUAAAGAAAAAUGUUCCCUUCCUUGAGGAAAUAGUUGUUAUUAAAGAUGGCCAUCACUUCAUCCAGCAAGAAAAAUCGCAUGAAAUUUCUCAACACAUUCUGGAUUUCUUUGGAAAAUUCAAAUUGUCAGCCCUCUGAACUGCUGAAUCUCUUCAAAAUUGUAAUCCAUAAAAAAUAAAAGUGUGAUUGAAAACUUCAACUAGUUCAUGUGCCUAUGUUGUGUGUUGGCAUGGUAAUUGGUAGUAUGGUGAAUUUGUCACCAAAAUGAUUGUGUUUGUUAUUAUGGACCAAAAUGUAAAACAAAAUAAAUGAUUUAGUACAUACUCUUCGGCACCAAACAUCCAUAUGAAAAAAGAAAUUCCUACAAUUAAACAAUCGUAAUAUUUAUAAACCACACUUGUCUUGUCCUACGCCUGCAACUGUGGGAAUAAUUGUUUUCUCCAAACAAGUGUGUCUCAUCAUUAAUGCCCUCUACCGUCAAGAAGUUUUCUGCUGAGAUUUAGGCAAAUCGUCAUACUUGUGAUGCAAGACAUGGCAAAUUGUCAUCCUUUGUUCUAAGGUUAACCUUAUUAAUCAUCCAUGACCAGGUAAUCCUUAACGAGAAA